AUGCUACAGCAGACUGUAGGGAACAGUGUUUGUCGGUUUGCAUGUUGUUUCUACAAAGAGAUUUCUUCUCGUGAAAACAGCGGGAAUAUUUUCUUCUCUCCUUUGAGCAUCUCUACUGCCUUUGCAAUGCUGACUCUGGGUGCCAGAUCAGACACUCUGACACAGAUUCUUAGGGUCCUUAGCUUUAAUCCACGUGAUAUUUCUGAAAAUGAAAUACAUGAAGGUUAUCGUCAACUCAUGCAAAUGGUAAACAGAAAGAAUGAGGGGUUACAGCUGAAUAUGGGAAAUGUCCUGUUUGUUCUUGAACAACUGAAGCCACAAGAUAAAUUUUUAAGUAAUCUCAGAAACUUCUAUGAAGGAGAAGCUUAUCCAAUGAACUUCAAGAGGGCUGAUCAAGCCCAGAUAAAGAUCAACGAAUACGUAGCAGAAAGAACCCACGGGAAAAUCAAGGACCUCAUAAAUAACCUUGAUCCACUUACUGAAAUUCUCCUAAUUAGCUAUAUUUAUUUUAACGCUGAAUGGGAAAAACCUUUUGAUCCAAAAUACACUAAAAAGAACAAAUUCUUUGUGGAUGGGAACAAGGCUGUUGAAGUCCCGAUGAUGUAUGGAAUGGGCCUGUUCAAGCAUGGCUAUGAUGAACAGCUGUCUUCCACCGUGGUGCAAAUGGAUUACAAAGGAGGUGCUUCAGCAUUUUUUAUUCUACCUGAUCAAGGAAGAAUGAGGAAACUGGAGAAAAGAUUGUCUUGUGAACGUAUAUCAAGAUGGAGGACAUUAGUCUCAAAAAGCUCAGCAAAUUUGUAUCUUCCGAAAUUCAGUCUUUAUGGGACUUAUAACCUAAAAGAUAUAUUAUAUAAAAUGGGCAUUAUGGAUUUAUUCACUGAUAAGGCUGACCUGUCUGGGAUCACUGGGCAGCCCCAGCACAGAAUCUCCCAGAUGAAGUAUCUCCUCUGCCUGUGUUUAUUCCUUCCUGAUCUUUGUGCUGUAACACAUUGCCACCAUGAAGACAUUUGCCAUGAAGUCAAUAAUACUAAUCUGCAUGAUGGAACAGAAAAUUUGUUGACACAUAACUGUGACAAGCAAGACUCUAACUAUGCGGAUUUUGUAUAUAGAUUUUACAAGCAGGCUAUAUCAAAAGAAGAUGAUAAAAAUGUUUUCUUUUCUCCCAUGAGCAUCUCCACUGCAUUUGCCAUGUUGGCUGUUGGCGCUAAGUCAACCACCCUAUCUCAGAUUUUUGAAGGGCUGGGAUUUAACGGUCUGACUGAGACUCGCAUACAUGAUAUACAUGAAAGUUUUCAUAAAGUUUUAGCGGUACUGAACUGUACUGAUGUUAACAUCACAUUAAAUAUAGGGAAUUCCCUUUUUACAGCUAUUGGAUAUGAACCACAGGAAACAUUUUUACAAAAUACCAAACAAUUCUAUGAUGCAGAAUUUUUUUCUAGUGAUUUCCAUAAACCAGAAGAAGCUAAGAAGACAAUCAAUAAAUUUGUAGAGGAGAAAACCAAGGGGAAAAUUCCAGAAUUAAUUGGUCAUCUUGAUCCAAGUACUGUAUUGGUUCUUGUUAACUACAUUUAUUUUAAAGCUUCCUGGGAAAUGCCUUUUGAUCCUUUGCUUACAUAUGAGGACGAUUUUUUCGUGAACACAAAUGCAUCUGUUAGAGUCAACAUGAUGCAGCGUGACAGUAACUAUGACAGUUACUAUGACCAGGAUCUGUCUUGCGAGGUGGUAGAGCUGCCUUACCAGGGCACUGCACGAGCACUACUCAUUCUGCCUGAUGAUGGAAAGAUGAAGCAAGUGGAAGAUGCUCUCUCCAAGGAAACUGUUUGUAAAUGGGGUAACAAACUUGUGACCAGGAGAUUAGAUCUGCAAUUACCAAAGUUUUCUAUUAGUGGCUCUUACGAUGUCAAAAAUCUGUUGACGGAAAUGGGCAUUACUGAAGUAUUCUCUAGUAGUGCUGAUCUGUCUGGAAUUAGUGGCAGCCGUGAUCUUCGUGUUUCACAGGCAAUUCACAAGGCCCUGUUGAAAGUUGAUGAGGCUGGAACCGAGGCUGCAGGAGCUACUGCCAUAAUGCUUACCAGAGUUCUCCAUCCUUCUGUUACCAUCAAAUUCAACAGGCCCUUCAUUAUCUUGAUUUCUGACAAGAGAACCAGCACCACACUUUUCAUGGGGAAAAUUGUUGAUCCUACUAAGAACUAA